AUGGAAUUAGAAAAAACAUUGCACCGAGUUUAAGAAAGAAUUUUGACUCAUGAAUAAGCACCUAAAGUGACUAGCAUUUGCAGUAAGAUCUUGUUGUGCAUAGUGUCAAUAAACUUGCUUAUAAUUUGGGGAUUGAGUAAUAGAACUAUUAAUUAAAUCUAAUUUGAUCCAGAUGCUAAAGAUAACAUCUAUCAUUUUUCAAUAACAGACGAGGAUAAUACAAUAUUAAUGAUGAAGUAUUCUAGCAUUUAAGAAUUAUUGCACUUAAAAACAGAAUAGCUCCAAGCACACAAUUUCACAAUAAUUAACAUUUCUAUAGAUUAUAACAACUACUUCGAUAGUAGUCUCUAAAAGUUACUCUCAUUUACUACAAACUUAGAAACUUUAUUCUUGCAUGAUGUUGCCUACUCAGUCUAUUCAGAUAUUUAUGUGAUAAAUAACGCAACAAAUCAAACAUUCAUUUGGAAGGAAAGGGAAGUCCCUUAAAAUUACUUAGCGAAAACUGUAAAACAUUUAUGGAAGUUUACAAUUAUAACAUUGGGAGUGUUCAUUUCUUCAGCAAUUUCGUCACUCUACAUUAAAAUUACAAUUAUUUGUGCUCCAGUCAUCAUAAUCAUUAUGCUUGAAGUAUCCUAUCUCAUAGGAAACAGACAAAUAUUCCCAAUCUUUUUGGCCCGUGCAUUCCCUUGGAUUGGAUUAUAUCUAAAUAUUCUAGAUAGAACAUAAAAAUCAAAGAAAUAACUAAUCUUAGCUUUUGCAUUUAUGCUGUUUUUAACAUACUUCAUCUACUUGUCCUCAGUGAUAAUAGGAAGCUACUUAUUAUUCAAAAAUCAGGUUCCAUUCGGUUUGGAAGACAACUUUUUUGGGUUAGUUACAGUGAAUGAGUUUGCUUCAUUAUUAUUUUUGAGAACGAGAUCCUCCAUUUACUUUGUACCCAAAUUCACCAUUAUUUUUUAUUACUUAUUCCUUUGGUAUGUUAGAUCAACAAGUUAUGGUUUCUAUUCACUUGCAAUGCAGACCUUAUCAUAUGCAUGUUUGGGUACAUUUUUUCUAUUCAUUUCCCUUUAUGAAAUUCCGAGUUUGGGAUGGAAUCCGCUUUCAUAUUACACACCAACUAUUGAUAGACCACGAUGUUACUAUUUGCCAGUAUUUUCAUUGAGUUGGGUCAAUGAUUUACCAUAGUUAUGGUCAAUGUUUUACCCUCUGCAUGGAAGAAGAUAUUUUCAAAUUGAAAAUUUAGCCUUAGUAGAUAGAAACUUCCCACUACUUAACAAUCUCUUAGAUAUUGAAAUGUAAGAAUAAUAAUGA